GAAUGACUCUACCAAGUGACCAUCACCAGUGUAUACUCUAUCGGUUUUAUGGAGAAUGUAGUCUUUUGCCGGUUAAAGGGGUAGACACGUUAGGGUUAAUCACAUCAAUGCUACCUACCUACAUAGCCCCUUUAUAGCGCUCUAGUUAUAGACGGCAGACAGUGCGGUCAAGUUCUAACCUCCCUAUCCCACACUCCUCUACUCGUCCUAGCCGGUCACCCGCCAGAUCGAUUCUAAGGAGUAAGACCAUAGACUGAGAUAACCUGAUAUUCUCUGUUGUUCCUUCUCGCCGAAGAUAUCUCAUAUUCAUUACAACAUUCAGUACAAUAUUCUGUAUCACCAUGGAGACAGAUCAACAGUACUUAGUUGCUACAAUAUCUAUAAUUCUAUGUAUAUGUUCACUAAUGAAUCUUAGAUAUGAUGAGUAUGUAGUGAGCUGGAUAUGCAGCUCACGACAUGUUCAGAUGUCGAAAGAGAUGUUUGACAACGGGUUCCGAUCCCUUCUAUCUACUAAUUCCAAAUAUGAUUAUUUUGGCGGACAAAUGUCAGGAAUCAACAUCGUGAUAGCCGCCGCCCCUGAUGGUGACGACGCCGCCAUGGCUGGAAUGGAGGCCGACAUGCUUCAAAGAUUUCCCAACAUCCGUUUUCGACUGCUAGUUGGUAUUGGAGGAGCAUCUCCUAAAAUCCCCGCCUUAACGGCUACUGAAGAUGAUAUCAGAUUGGGGGACGUAGUUAUCGGUUAUGUCAAGGGGGCGGGAAGGUUUGGUGGCGCCCUGCAUUACACCGCUACGGAUUCUAGCUUCAGCGUAACAUCGCAUCUCAAACCACCACCUCGAGUUGUUCUUGACGCGGUUGACCAAAGUCGUUUCAAUUAUGCUAGCAAGGCUAAAGGAUUGAACGGAUACGUGGAGAAGUUGACGGCCAUAUUCGGUUCCCAUUACCCAGGUCAAGAAUAUGACCGGCUGUACAAACCUGGUUGCGUACAUGUCAGAGGUUGCAAGACCUGUAGUGAUUGCGAUGAAGAAUGGGAGGAGCGCGCACAAAGAACAUCCACCCUCCCCGUUCUACACUGCGGUCUGAUAGCUUCGGGGCGUUAUGAUAUGCAAGACGCUAAACGUCGCAACACUCUCCGGCACGAAGAGGACAUAUGUUGCUUUGAUGAAGAGGCAGCAGGCCAGACGGAUGAGUUCCCAAGCCUCAUGAUCAGGGGAAUUUGCGACUAUUCCGACUCUCACAAAAAUAAGAACAGCAAUAAAAACUGGCAAGCCUAUGCAGCCACUGCUGCCACUGCAUACGCUAGAUACCUCAUGGGGGCAAUCAAAGCCACAGACGUCGCCUCUCUAACACCAUACCGAUCAACGAAGCCUAGGAACGAAACACUGCAAAAGGAAGUCCCCAAAGCAUCUAAUAAGCACGAGCAAGCUCCCCCUCAACCUACUCCUCCUCAGGUUGCUCGUCCUUCCCCUCUGCCUGCUUCUCCUCUACCAGCUCCCUCUAUACCUUCCCUUUUAUCUACUUAUGUUCCAUUUGCUCCUCCACCUACCAUUCCCAGCCCGGCUAAGAGUCCAGGCACAAUUUGUCCUCAGUGUCAAAAUAAAGGUAUCAACAAUGUGACGCCGCCACAAACGGGAUUUCAUCCCAACGCCCAGCCUACCGGCCCGAACCUUCACCAACGAUGCCGCAUAGGUAUCCUAUACGCAGAAGAUGUCGAUCGACAACUCUUAGGUCCCCAGUGCCAGAACCUUCGAAACGACCUGAGGUGGGUGAUUGGGACUAUGGUUCAGGGAUUGGGAGGCGACUUCACAGCUUGCAUUCAAACAUAUCGCAACUUCAUAGUUGGUUAUCAGUUACGAUCAGAAGGGAUCAUCAAUGUAGGGCAGUUCGAGACUGCGUUCGACGGUAUGUCUACGGCUGAAGCAGCUCUCGUUGCCUGCUCCAUGCAGACUCCAGACUUGGUUAGACUACGCGCAGCCAGAGCAUACCUUUUCCUCUCUAUGAGCUGCACUAGACAACCAGUCGUAUUUGCCAUUUAUGAUACGAUUUUACGAUUGUGGGAAUAUGUUGAAGGUCGCAAGUUUUAACGUUUGUUGUCGGGUAUGUAGAUACCUACCGGUAGCUUUAAAGAACUAGCUAUAACAAAGGACAUCAUCAAUCCAAACUGUGC